AUGGCUCAGGCGCUGCCCAUGGCCAUGGCGAUGCAGGCGAAGCUCAUGUCCUUCGCCCGCUCGUCCUCCAGCGCCGUCUUCACCCUCUCCAACUUCGACAUAGCCCGGAAUAUAGUCUUCUUCGUCUUCAUCCUACGCCUGCUCCGUCGCUCAUUCUACAACCUCCGCGGCCAUGGCAUCCUCGGCAGCCUACGCAACUUCUUCACCCACAUCCGUCUGGUCUGCUACUCCCUCUUCCUGCGCGCCCCGGGCGUCCGCUCCCAAGUCGACAAGCAGGUCUCUACGGCCCUGACCAAGCUCGAACAGAAACUGGUCCCGCAGGAACCCGGCAUGCUCAAGUUCAUGAGUCUGCCUAAGAAGGGAAUGACGCAUGAACAGGUCGCGGCUGAGCUGGACAAGUUGGGUGGAAUGAAGCAUACCAUGUGGGAGGAGGGUCGGGUCAGUGGUGCAGUCUACCAUGGCGGAGAGGAGCUGUUGAAGCUGCAGACGGAGGCCUUUGGACGGUUUGCGGUUACCAAUCCUAUUCAUCCUGAUGUCUUCCCUGGUGUCAGGAAGAUGGAGGCUGAGGUUGUUGCCAUAGUUUUGUCACUGUUUCAUGGACCGGAGGGAUCUGCUGGUGUGACUACUAGCGGCGGCACAGAGUCUAUCCUUAUGGCCUGCCUGUCUGCUCGCCAAAAGGCCUAUGCUGAGCGCGGCGUCACCGAGCCCGAGAUGAUUGUGCCGGAAACUGCCCAUGCGGCUUUCACCAAGGCCUCAAAGUACUUUGGCAUCAAGCUGCACUCUGUUGCCUGUCCCGCUCCAGACUACCUGGUUGACGUCUCUGCCGUCCGCCGUCACAUCAACCCAAACACGGUGCUGCUGGUCGGAUCGGCGCCCAACUUCCCCCACGGACUGGUAGACGACAUCCCAGCCCUGUCCCGUCUGGCCGUCACUUACAAGAUCCCCCUGCACGUCGACUGUUGCCUGGGCUCAUUCGUCAUCGCCUUCCUCAAGAAGUCUGGCUUCCCUUCCCCCUACGAAGAGCAAGGGGGCUUUGACUUCCGUCUGCCUGGAGUCACCAGCAUCAGCGUCGAUACCCACAAAUACGGCUUUGCUCCCAAGGGCAGCUCUGUCGUGCUCUACCGCAACCGCUCCUACCGUACAUACCAGUACUUUGUCAUGCCCAACUGGCCCGGUGGCGUCUACGCUUCCCCUUCCAUGGCCGGCUCUCGUCCCGGCGCCCUGAUUGCAGGAUGCUGGGCUAGUAUGAUGGCCGUAGGUGAGUCAGGCUACAUCGACAGCUGCCACCAGAUCAUCAACGCAGCGAGGAAAUUCGAGUCUGCUAUUCGCCAGGAUCCAGCUCUUCGCCCGACGCUUGAAGUAGUUGGCAAACCCAUGGUGAGUGUCGUUGGAUUCGCCUCAUCUACCCUCGAAGUAGAUAUCUAUGACAUCGCGGACGCCAUGUCCAAUAUGGGAUGGCACUUGAAUGCUCUCCAGUCCCCACCUGCAAUGCACGUUGCUUUCACUUUGCCUACUGCCAAGGCAGUAGAUAAGUUGAUUGAGGACCUUACCACCGUUGUGCGAGAGGAAGUGCUCAAGGCCGAGCAGAGACGGGCUGCGGGCGUUAAAGUCGAGAAGAAGCGCGGUGACACAUCCGCUUUGUACGGUGUUGCAGGAAGCAUUCCAGACAAGAGCAUUGUUCGUCGUCUCGCAGAGGGCUUCCUCGAUACUCUCUACGUCAACUAA